AUGGAUAACAAAGAGAAAAAACAACUGCAGCAUUUAUUCGAGGUGGAAAAAAAAGCAGAACAGAUAUUAGUCGAUAAAAACGAUUCGGUCAGUUUGGAUAUGAGAAGGAACUGGGAUCGAGAGAGUUUACGAGCAUUGGAUAAAUUACGAGAUGGGCAGAAAGUAUGGACUAUUUUUGGACCUAAUAUAACCAAGUUGACGAAGGAAAAGGCCAAAGAGAUACUCGAACAAGAUAUGGUCGAUGCUAAUAUCGAAAUUAAUAAAUUAAGAAGCGAUAUGAAAGUAAAAGUUAAUGAACUCAGGGAUUUGGAAUAUCAAGAAAAAUACACCGGAUUUUCAUUAAACGCUCUAACUAAUAAAGAAUUAUCAGCUAUGAAACAAGUAUGGAAUGAAAGAUCCUAG